AUGCUUGGGCUGCUCGUGAACGAAGGGCUGCUCAUGUACAGAGAUUUCAUGCCAGACGAUGAAGAGCUUGAAGUGGAAUUUGUAUGCUGGGACGUGCUGUUGGACGUGGUUGCAUGCGUGCCAAGAGGUGGAGUGGAUUCGAACGAAGGUAAAGGCAGCAGAAAAUCCAAAGACUCCUCAAGUAAUGCAUCCCGGUUCGUUGAAUAA